GCGGGAGCGGGUCGAGGACCUGUUUGAAUACGAGGGCUGCAAAGUUGGCCGAGGCACUUACGGUCACGUCUACAAAGCCAAGAGGAAGGAUGGAGAGGAAGGGAGAGGGAUAAAGAGAUAGAAACAUAGCUGCCUGCCGCUGUUGUGUGGGAUGCCACUGGCGGCCGAGUGAGCGUGACUGCGCUGUGCAGGGUGCUAGGAGGAAUUGUUGCUGUGCAGGCCCCUUUGUGAGCAGCAGACCAGCCUGGUGGCUGGCAGCAGGACACCCCAAGUCUGCAUGCUGAGGAAGAUGGGUGAGGCGGUGGCCAGAGUUGUGAGGAAGGUCAACGAGACGGUGGAGAGUGACUCUGACACCCUGGAUCUGGCGGAGUGCAAGCUGGUGUCUUUCCCCAUUAGCAUCUGCAAGGUCCUGUGGAAUGUCACUGACCAGAUCCACCUCAUCACGCUGGCCAGCAAUGAGCUCAAGUCCCUCACCAGCAAGUUCAUGACCACAUUCUCUCAGCUUCAAAAGCUCUGCCUGCAAGGGAACUUCCUGUACCAUCUCCCCAACGAGGUCAGUGCCCUGCAGCACUUCAAGGCCAUCCACCUGUCUCGGAACCAGUUUCAUGACUUCCCUGAGCAGCUCACCCCCCUGCCGGCACUGGAGACCAUCAUUUUGGAGAACGAGAUUGUGGAUGUGCCCAUGGAGAAGCUAGCCGCCAUGCCUGCCUUGUGCAGCAUCAAUCUCCACUUCAACCCGCUAAACGCCGAGAUGCGCGUCAUCGCACUGCCACUCAUCAAGUUUGACAUGCUCAUGUCUCCAGAGGGCACAUGGGCCCCCCCACUUUAGGCCUCCCUCCCUCCUCAUGCCCACCCUGAAGGGACAGAGGCCACUUCCCUGGCACCCUGAGGGGAGGGAGCCCCAAGGGCCUAUGGGAGGCCUAGCUUGGGGGUCUGGGGAUAGGUGGGCAAACAGCGUGUGGGAGAGGGUGCAGCGGUCCAGGAUAGAUAUAGCUUAGAGCUGUAGAGUUCUGGAAUACCUAGAGGAGGAGGCAAGGUGGGGGCCAGAGCCAGGACUCUGGGCAUUCAUAGCCUCUAUGCAAACUUGGGCAGACCCCCACCUUCUCUGAACUUACAAUUUUGGGAAAAGGAUAGUAGUGGCAGUGGGUCUCUGCCACCUUGGGCUCCUUGGAGGCUUUUUAGGGAACACAAGUCUCCAAGUCUUUGAAUCGUUGGUAUCUUCUGAGCUUGCAGCUGAGCAUUGCUGAGCAUUUCUUGGGCCCCUGUGGGUUGAGGCCUUGCUUCUAGUGCUGAGAGCCAGUCACUGCCCUGAGACAAACAGAAGACAACCUGCAUCUAUUUAUUGCUUCCUGGGAACCAACCCUUCUCUGUGCCCCAUCCUGAGCCCUGUAGAUCCCUGGAUUGGCAGGAGCCCGAACCAGGAGUUGUGGGAAAGCUGUGGAGAGAGUGCGGAGGCUGCAGCAGGGCUGAAAGUGUUUACAUAGGAGCCCCAAGGCCAUCAGGCCAGGAAACUGGGGAGCAGAUCAAAGUGGCUCUGUCCUUCCUCAUGAUUAAGAAAUUGCUGGAGUGACCAGCUGCACCUGGCAUCACCUCUUGAACUACAGUAGAGUGGCCCAGAGAGAAAGAAAGCCAUUUGUGCCUGUGCCUCCCUCUGCACAGUCUCCCUCUGGCGGCAGACUGGCUGCCUUGUGAUUGGUUCACCUGGAUGCAGGCAGCACUAUGGACCAUUGGAUUGUAGCUGGCCAGCCCCCGGGUCACCACUCAAAGCCCUGAUAACCUCGUCAUUUCUAGGCUCUGAACCUGGAGCCUGGCCAGGCAGUAGGGUGACCUGCCACCCAUGUUUGCUCGGGACUUUUUAGUGCUAACACAGGGACAGGACCUGCAAACAGGGACAACUGGUGGCUCCACCAGGUGAGGGCCUGGGGCUCUGGCUUCCUGUGACAAUACCUCUGGUUUGGAGAACCCCUGACCUCUUGAUCCUGCAGGUGUCUACCUCCUACCUUCUCAUCUGUGGAGCAAGUAGAUCAGAGCCCACCUGGUCUGGACUUUUGUUGGAGUCUGUGGGAGAUGCCUUAGUCCCAAGGACUUGGGGCAAACCAGGCCACCCAAAUCCUACAUCCGUGGGCCAGUGGCCACUGUUCCACACUCAGAGCACUGACCCUUUCUCAGAAUGUACCAAUUUCCUUUCUCUUUCCCUUUCCCUUCCCCAGCCCUGAGGCUGCCCUGCCCAGGCCUCCUGUCUCUUGGCAAGAAGCCGACAGGUUGGGAGAUUGUAGGCAUGUCACCAAGCACUUGAGAACUCAGCGUCCCAGGAGAUGCCUGUUCACUCUGCUCAUCUCCGAGGCCUGGUGGGUCAAGCUCUGGGAAAAGGGUUUUCAGGGCAAGGAGGCCAGAUAAGAUCUCCAGGGCUACUGAGUUCAGCUGGGGACAAGUGAGGGCUGCAGGCUAGCCCAGCCUGGCCUGGCCCCACUCACCAUGUCCUGGAGUGGAGUUUCUCCUUGUUGAAGAAGGGGUGCAUUUGCCUGAUAUGCAAAAAGGCAUUGUAUGGCCAGAGCCUGCAACUCAGUGUGGUGUGCAUCAGCACCUAUGGGAGCUUGUUAGAAACACAUAACCCCAGGCCCAAUCCCGGACCUCUGGGAUCAGAACCCACACUCCAAGAGAUCCCCAGGGAUUCCUACAAGCACUUUACUGUUUAAGAAGCA